CGGGACUGUACGUGCCGACAGCGACCAGAUGUCUCUCAUUGAGCAACCGUUUCUCUUCUCUAUCAAUGCCCAGUCAACACUUCCUGCUGCUCUCUGUUAGAAGUUCAAACUCCCGUCUGUGACGUCCAUGGAGGAGCGUGAGGACGGCUCCGCCCCUCCUUCUGAGCCGAUGAAGGUCACGUUCGGUGGGCCCGCGAAGCAGUGGACAGAUGCCGCACCCAUCGGUAAUGGACGGCUUGGAGCCAUGGUGUGGGGCGGCGUUGCCACCGAACUCCUCCAGCUCAACGAGGACACUCUCUGGACUGGGAUUCCGGGGGACUAUACUGAUCCUAAUGCGCCGGAGGCUUUAGCAGAGGUCCGGAAGCUAGUUGACAAUGGCGAAUUUCCUGAAGCCACCGCAGCAGCAGCUAAGUUGACUGGAAAACUCUCCGAGGUUUACCAGCUUCUUGGUGAUCUCAAACUAGAAUUCGAUGAUCUCCAUCUUAAAUAUGAUGAGGCAACAUAUAGCAGAGAACUGGACUUGGAUACGGCAACAGUGAGGAUAAAAUAUCAUGUGGGUGAUGUAGAAUUUUCAAGGGAGUAUUUCGCUUCUCACCCUGAUCAAGUAAUCGGGACAAAGAUAUCCACGAGCCAAGCGGGCUCUCUUUCAUUUACGGUGUAUUUUGAUAGCAAGUUACACCAUGAUUCAUAUGUAAAUGAUGUGAAUCAAAUUAUAAUGGAGGGCAGCUGUCCUGGCCAGAGAGCCCCUCCAAAAGAGAACAAAGGUCAUGCAGCGCCCGAGGGACUUAAAUUUGUUGCGAUCCUCGAAUUACAUAUCAGUGAAAGGAAUGGCAUAAUAGGCAUUCUGGACGACAAAAAGUUGAAGGUUGAGGGUUGUGAUUGGGCUGUCCUGCUUCUUGUAGCUUCAUCUUCAUUUGACGGGCCGUUCAUGAAGCCUUCAGAUUCUAGAAAGGAUCCUUAUGCAGCUUGUGGCAAUGCAUUGAAGUCGAUAUCAAACUUAUCAUACUCUCAGCUCUAUGCUCGCCAUUUGAGUGACUAUCAAAAUCUUUUCCAACGUGUUUCACUUCAGCUUUUAAAGGGCUCCACUAGUGAUACCGUAACCAUGAAUUCUGAGAAAAAGAAGACCUCUUCUUCAACUAAUGAUCCGCUGUUCAAAGCUAGCAGAGGGAACGAAAUAUUCACCAUAGAUCGGAUAAAAUCUUUUCAGUAUGAUGAAGAUCCUUCUUUGGUGGAGCUCUUGUUCCAAUUUGGACGGUAUUUGCUUAUUUCUUGCUCAAGGCCAGGAACACAGGUGGCAAACCUGCAAGGGAUAUGGAACAAGGAUACCGAGCCUAAAUGGGACUCUGCUCCUCACUUGAACAUCAAUCUUGAGAUGAAUUAUUGGCCUUCCCUUCCUUGCAAUCUUGCCGAAUGCCAGGAGCCUUUGUUCGACUUCAUAUCCUGCCUCUCCAUAAAUGGGUAUAAAACUGCGGUGGUUAAUUAUCAAGCAAAUGGUUGGGUUGUGCAUCAUAAAGCUGACAUCUGGGCUAAAUCAUCGGCCCUUCAGGGUGAUGUUCGAUAUGCCUUAUGGCCAAUGGGCGGUGCGUGGCUUUGUACUCAUUUGUGGGAGUAUUACAAUUAUACACUGGACAAGGAUUUCCUUAAAAAUAAGGCGUAUCCUUUGAUGGAAGGGUGUGCAACGUUUCUGUUAAAUUGGUUGAUAGAAGGCCGAGGAGGAUAUCUUGAAACCAAUCCGUCAACGUCUCCAGAAAAUGCCUUUAUUGCUCCAGAUGGGAGGCCUGCUUGUGUGAGCUACUCAACAACGAUGGACAUGGCGAUAAUAAGAGAGGUCUUCUCUGCAGUUGCUGCUGCUGCUGAGGUACUUGACAUGAGUGACAGUGAUCUUGUGCACCGAGUGCAAGCGGUUCAGAAAAAGCUCUAUCCCACGAAGAUUGCAAGUGAUGGUUCUAUCAUGGAAUGGGCAGAGGAGUUUAAGGAGCAGGAGGUGCAUCACCGUCACCUUUCACAUCUAUAUGGCCUGUUUCCAGGACACACAUUAACUCUCGAAGAAACACCGGAACUUUGUAGAGCUGCUGAGAAGACCCUUUUCAAACGAGGAGUGGAGGGACCGGGGUGGUCGACAACGUGGAAAAUCUUGCUGUGGGCCCGACUCCAGAAUAGCGAAAAUGCAUAUAUGAUGUUAAAGCAUCUGUUCAGAUUGGUGGAUCCUGAGAAUGAGGUUGCUUUCGAGGGAGGACUAUACAGCAACUUGUUUGCCGCACACCCUCCGUUUCAGAUCGAUGCGAACUUCGGUUUUACAGCAGCGGUGGCCGAAAUGCUCGUGCAGAGCACCUGCAAAGACCUCUACCUGCUGCCUGGUCUUCCCCGGGACAAAUGGGGCAGUGGUCGAGCUACGGGACUGAAGGCCCGUGGAGGCGUGACGAUCAGCAUCUUCUGGAAAGAAGGGGACCUCAGCGAAGUCCAUGUUUCGUCAAAGGACGUGAAUUCUCUCGAGAGGUUGCACUAUCGAGGAUAUACGGCGGCUGUGAAGAUCGGCCACGGGAGAGUCUACACAUUUGAUGGAAAACUGAAGCAUUUGAACUCGUGCUCGCUUUGAUAGGCUGAUCUCCGUGAUCGAUAGUUCCAGCCAGAUUAACUCAUUGUUGCCGGAAAGCCUAGUGUUGGGAUACGUACAUGCUUCAGAUAAUGCCAAUUUCGCCGCUCGAUCCAUUUUAUCAAAAUUUAUAAAAGUUAAGAUUACCUAAACAUUGCAUUUACAUAUCCGAUCAAACUCAUUGGCCUUAGCCAUAGGAUCGAAUCCAUGACCUCGUAGCUCUACCAACUCCAUGUUCCCAUCCAGUUAUGGAUUAUAUGCCCAGGGCUUACUUGAACAGCAGGCCUACAUUGGGCCUGGGCUUCCGGACCAUGAUGAGGUCUCCCUACGGAGCGGCCCAUGAUGAGGUAUCCCCAUGGCCCGGCCCAUAAUCAUGGCUAAUGCAUAUUUCAACCUAAAACCCUCGCAGAACCCUCCUCGGCCAUUUGCGUUGCGUUCGUCAGAUUUCUCUCUCCUUCAGCUCUCGACGCCAUCGACAUUCCGACUCGGCGCUCAGAUGGCUUGGCGCUGUGGAUCGCUCUCUCGCUCUCUCAUGUCGACCGCCAGGGCUUCCUCUUCGCCAUUGCGCUCGUCACCGGGCCUCUCCCGCCCGGUCCGGUCGCCGCCUCUCUCUGUCCCGCGCGCGCAGUCCCGCCGGUUCUCUUUCGCAUCCCCGAGAAGCAUGGGCGAACUGGGUUGCACUCAAUCGUUUCUUCCUCUGCAUAGUGUGGUGUCUGCUCCGCGCCUCACAUCGCACCUCACUGUAGCUGCCCGAGCUUGUUGUGAGCUGUCUCAUGGAAAAAAUGGAAAAGAUGGGUGAUGCGCAAGGACGUUCAAUCAUCCAAAGGCACGAUAAUGAUGCUGCAUUAUAGGUACUUGACAGGCUGUUUGGUUGGCACGAUCAAGGUGCAAAACUUGUAUUGGUGAAGUUGUGGAGAGGCAUGCUGUGGGGGGGGACUUCUGGUUCUAUACCGGAGAGUUGAAAUAAGUAUCUCUAGUGCUAGUUCUGAAGACUGCUUUUUCAUAGUUGAACCUCCAUCGUGUUCUCGUUAUCGUAGAUGGGAUUGAGAUGGUUUAGAGAGUACAUGCCAUUGCUGAGACUUGAUCACCUACUUUAGUAUCCUCUGGUGUCAAUUUUAAACCAUUGAGGAACAUCUGUCUAUUUAAUUCAAACCGAAAGUUGCCCUUC